AUGGCACUGCGGGCACCCCAAGAGACAGCCCAGCACCCACAGGGCCCGGGAGAACCCCAAGAGACACCCCCGCACCUGCAGGACCCCGGGAGAACCGCAAGAGACACCCCAGCACCCACAGGGCCCGGGAGAACCCCAAGAGACACCCCCGCACCUGCAGGACCCCGGGAGAACCGCAAGAGACACCCCCGCACCUGCAGGACCCCGGGAGAACCGCAAGAGACACCCCAGCACCCACAGGACCCCAGGAGCACCCCAAUAGACACCCCAGCACCCGCAUGGCUCCGGGAGAACCCCAAGAGACACCCCAGCACCCACAGGGCCCGGGAGAACCCCAAGAGACACCCCUGCACCCGCAUGGCCCUGCAAGGACCCCAAGAGACACCCCCGCACCCACAUGGCCCCGGGAGCACCCCAAGAGACACCUCAUUGCCAACAGGGCUCCAGGAGCACCCCAAGAGAUACCUCCGCACCCACAGGGCCCCAGGAGCACCCCCAGAGACACCCCAGCACCCACAUGACCCCAGGAGAACCCCAAGAGACACCCCCAUACCUGCAUGGCCCCAGGAGCACCUCGCACCCAGAGAGAUACGCCUGCACCCUCCCAGCCUUGGGAACACCCGUAGCACUCACACAGGUACGCUGGACCCAGAGAAACACCUACCCAAAUGCACCCCCGUGUCCGUACAGCCCUGGGAACAACCCCCCUGCACCCCCAGAGUCACCCACGGAGAUACACCCCACACCUACACCACCCUGGAAACAUCACCCGCAUAG